CUCACCCCCAAAUCUUUCCUGCAGCCACUGAAGCUUGCUCAGUGCCAUCCAAGAUGCACCGGGAGGGACGCGCACGGGUGCGCGGAGCCCUGGUAGAGCUGGGGUGCUCCCUGCCAGCCCUCGUCCCCCUCCAGCCGCCCCGCUGCGCCCCACUGCUGAUGAUUACUUGUGUUUUCAGCCCGGUUUUUCUCCAUCCCACACUGGUUCCUGCCCAAAGGCAGCCGGUGACCGAGGGCUCUCCCGCCUGGCUGCCCGUCGCUGCCCGCUCCUGCCUCGCGAUGGCGACGCCGGACGUCAGCGUUCACAUGGAGGAGGUGGUGGUGGUGACAACGCCUGACGGCGCGGUGGAUGGAGGCGGCGUGGAGGAGGUGAAAACGGUGCUGGUCACCACCAACCUGUCCCAGCACGGCGGUGACAUAAACGAAGACACGCUGGAGACCGAAAAUGCAGCUGCUGCGGCUGCUGCUGCCUUUACAGCCUCCACGCAUCUGAAGGAAGCAGUCCUAGUGAAGAUGGCUGAAGAUGAGGACAGUUUGGAGGCAGAGAUUGUCUACCCCAUCACCUGCGGGGACAGCAAAGCCAACCUCAUCUGGAGAAAGUUUGUGUGCCCUGGGAUCAACGUGAAGUGUGUGCAGUUUGACGGUCACCUAAUUAGUCCCAAGGAGUUUGUCCACUUGGCGGGCAAGUCGACCCUGAAGGAUUGGAAGCGGGCAAUCCGGAUGAACGGGAUCAUGCUCCGGAAGAUCAUGGACUCGGGGGAGCUGGAUUUCUACCAGCACACGAAAGUCUGUUCCAACACCUGCCGGAGCACCAAAAUCGACCUGACCGGAGCCAGGGUGUCCUUGACCAGCCAGACAUCGACGGAGUACAUCCCUCUCACUCCUGCUUCUGCGGAUGUGAACGGAUCCCCGGCUACGAUUACCAUAGAAACGUGUGAGGAUGCCAGUGACUGGAGCACCAGCAUCGGAGAUGACACCUUUGCUUUCUGGCGAGGCCUGAAGGAUACGGGUCUCCUGGAAGAAGUAAUCCACGAGUUCCACCAGGAGCUAGUGGAGACCAUGAAGGGCUUGCAGCAGCGAGCACAGGAUCCCCCGCUGCAGCUCAGUGAUGCUGUUUUACUCAACAACGUAGUCCAGAACUUCGGUAUGCUGGAUCUGGUCAAGAAGGUCCUGGCCAGCCACAAGUGUCAGAUGGAUCGCUCGAGGGAGCAGUACACGCGGGAUUUGGCAGCUCUGGAGCAGCAGUGUGACGAGCACCGCAAGCGAGCGAAGGAGCUGAAGCACAAAUCGCAGCAUCUCAACAAUGUCCUGAUGACCCUCACGCCCGUCUCCGUCCCCGCACCUUUAAAACGUCCCAGGCUGACCAGGGCCACCUCCGGACCAGCUGCCAUCACCUCCCAAGUCCUGUCCCAGCCGGCGCAGCUCGCCGUCACCCCUGGCGUGCCCGUCUCCCAGCUUGCCAACCUCCCUCUCGGCAAAGUGGUCUCAGCCCUCCCGACCUCGGUGCUGGGGAAGAGCCCGUCCCAGCCUCCUGCCGCCAGUUCCCCAGCCUCCCCACUGCUGGGAGGGUACACGGUACUGGCCUCCGCCGGCUCCACCUUCCCCGGUACGGUGGAGAUCCACCCAGACGCUUCCAACCUGACGGUGCUGAGCACGGCCGCGGUCCAGGACGGCAGCACGGUCGUGAAGGUGGUGAGCCCCUUCCAGCUGCUGACGCUGCCGGGACUCGGUACGACCAUCCAGAACGUGACACAAAUGGCUCCCGGUGGGAGCACGGUCGUGACCGUCCCGUCCAGUGCCACCGAGGCUGCCGGGAACGAGCAUGCCGCCACCGCCAUCGAGGUGACUGCAGUGGCCGACGAGGCGGAGCAGAAGUGAAAGGGGGGACUUGCCUGGAGGGACGCUGGCCGUGCCGCUCUGGGUGGAACUGCCUUUUCUCUGGCUGCGCUGUGGGAAGAGGAGCGGUGUAACGAGGGGCAUGGGUUAACGAGACUCGGAGCGGCUCAUGUUGGUAACGAGGAGGUUCAGGUCAGAGGGAAGGAGGGGGAGGAAAGAUGCCCGGAGAAGGGAAAGGCAAAAAUGCUCUUCCCUGUUUGGAGGAGAAAAAAAAAAAAGCUUAAUUUUUUAUAAAGCUUUCCUCCCCUGUUCUCUUGGAAUAGUUACUCCGUUCUAGCUCGUCAGCCCUGCCUCAUCCGCAGGCAUAGCUGGAGCAGCACCCGUUAGAGGAGCGGGCAGGAGCAGGGGCGCAGGGCAGGGAGGCGAAGGAAAAGCAGGUGAAGCGCUGAGCAGGCACCGAUCCGGCUGCCGAGGGGUCUGGCAUGAACAGAUGGGAGGCGUCGGGCAGCCGGCUGCCCCCCCGUCCCUGGGGGGCUCCGGGGAGGGAGAGGGGAUGCUGAGAGCAGGUUGUCCAUGGGAUGCGUGCGGUCAUCGAAACCAGGAGGAGGCUCUGGCAGCGCGGGCGCAAGCCCCGGGAGGUUGGCUUCUGCGUGUGAUGCUGGCUUUGGGUGGUGGAAGCAAGCGGGAGCUC